AAAUUUGAAGAGCAGGUUUACAGCUGAACUCAACCCGAGAUACGGUACACAUGUACUAUGUACGUAAUUGCAUUUUUCUCUUCACUCGAAAAACACUAUUUGUCAACGAUUGAUGUCGUGAGAUAAGGAUUGUGAGGCUACUGAGGUCACUGUCGUGGGUAUCAGGAUACCUGUCCCGCACACCUGUUCGCUCAACAGUUUCUUCCACCAGACCGCCUGUAAGCCUGCGUAAACUCCACCACACAGAGCCAAUAACUUUUUCGCGACACCUGUCUAACAUGGCUUCCCCAGACAAUCCGUUCGAAGAAGGAGCAGAUACAAGGCGAUUCCUAGAUGAUCUAUACAAGGUGAUUGUCGACGAGGCUUUGGCGAAAGGCUGCAAUGUCAACACAAAGGUUGUGGACUUUCAGUUCCCAGAAAAACUCAGUACACUCAUUGAUACAGAAAUCAAAAAAGAACCAGAAAGCCAUGACAAACUGUUAGAUCUGGCCAGGCAGAUCAUCCAGUACAGCGUGAAGACAGGAAACCCGCGUUUUUUCAAUCAGCAAUAUGGCGGCCUCAAUCCCUACAGUUUGGCAGGUUCCUGGCUGUCAGACUCUCUCAACACAAACCUUCACACCUUCGAGGUAGCCCCAGCAUUUGUCAUACUGGAGAAGUCGAUAUUCCGCAAACUAUGUGGUCUUGUGGGGUUUUCACGAGGUGAUGGUGUCUUCUGUCCAGGUGGAUCCUUUGCCGUCUUUAUGGCCAUUCAUCUAGCUAGGUAUAAACGUUUUCCAGAGCUGAAAAAAACAGGAAUGAUGGCUUCUCCAAAAUUUGUUCUGUUUGCCUCACAGGAAGUACAUUAUUCGGUGACCAAAGGAGCUGGGUUUCUAGGCUUUGGUACUGACAAUGUUAUCUCUGUAAAGUCAGACGACAGAGGAAAAAUGAUUCCAGCUGAUUUUGAAAACAAAGUCCUGCAAGCUAAAGAACGGGGCGAGGUACCACUGUUUGUAAUGGCGACCGGUGGCUCGACAGUACUAGGCUGCUUUGAUCCUCUGCCCGCCGUUGCGGAUAUCUGUCAGGAACAUGAUAUCUGGAUGCACACGGAUGCGUGUUGGGGUGGGACAACUUUGUUGUCGGCAAAACACAAGCAUUUGUUGGAUGGAAUCCACAGAUCUGAUUCGGUGUCUUGGAAUUUUCACAAAAUGGGCGGGGCUUUACUCCAGUGCUCGGCAUUUCUUGUCAAGGAAAUGGAUCUUCUAAGGGAGAGCAAUGCGUUAUCAGCCACGUACUUGUUUCAAAAAGACAAGUUUUAUGAUACAUCGUAUGACAUAGGAGACAACACUGUCCAGUGUGGAAGGAAGGUUGACGUGGUGAAGCUGUGGUUUAUGUGGAAGGCUCUGGGAGACAGGGGUAUGGAAAGCAGAGUGGACAAGCUGUUUGAAACCAGUCAGUAUUUCACGGAGAGACUGAAAAAAACUGAGGGAUUCCGGUUGGUCAUCCCAAAGUUUGAGUGUACAAACGUGUGCUUCUGGUAUAUUCCUCCAAGCAUGCGCGGUCAACCGGAAACUCCAGAAUGGUGGGAAAAACUGAGCAAGGUAGCACCUGUGAUCAAGGAACGGAUGGUAAUGGACGGGUCUAUGAUGAUAGGCUACAAUCCGCUACUGCAUAAAGACUUCGUCAACUUCUUCAGGAUUGUCUUCGUCAACGAAAGACAGACAAAAGAACUUGCCGAUUUUGUCUUGGAAGAGAUAUCCCGCUUGGGAAAGGAUCUGUAGUAUGCCUACUGACUUUAACAUUAUGUUUGGUAGAUGUUUAGGACGAAAAAUAUCCAAUAUUUCCAACGGCAGCAAAAUACUCAGAUAUCCCGGUCUUCAUCCGA